GCUCAGCCUCUUCACCCCCAGAGUCAGCUCCCCUACCGUGGUUCCCGCCUAGGUGCAACCCAUUUUCCUAGUGUAAGGCUGGGGGCGGGGUUUGGCUGGGCAGGUCCAGGAUGCGAGAUCCUGGAGAGAAGAAAAGGUGUACUGUUUGGGACGGUCAGCGGGCUAGACUGGCUUGGCAGGGCUGGGCUCUUCGGAACAGGUAAUACCCCGGGGGCCUGUUCAUUUGAACCACAGAGAUAAGGCCCGAGGCGAAAUCUCCAGGUGACAGGUGAGGGGCUGCACAGGAUGGAUUUCGGAACCCCUGACCUGCUGGAUGUGUGGCUGGAGCCCCCGGAUGAUGUCUUCUCGACAGGACCCUUCCUGGAGCUGGGACUCCACUGUCCACCUUCAGAGGUCCCAGUAACUAGGCUACAAGAACAGGGGCUGCAAGCCUGGGAGUCCAGUGGGGGCCAUGGCUGUGGCCUUCAGGAGAGUGAGCCUGAAGAUUUCCCGGAGCUUUUCAUUGAUCCCAAUGAAGUGUACUGCUCAGAAGCAUCUCCUGGCAGCGACAGUGAAAUCCCUGAGGACCCUGGUCACCCAGACAGUCCACCUGCCGCCAAGGCACCCAGUUCCCCAACCCUCUAUGAGGUUGUCUAUGAGGCAGGGGCCCUGGAGACGAUGCAGGGGGAAGCUGGGCCGGCUGUAGGGCUCAUCUCCAUCCAGCUAGGUCAGUAUUGUUCUGUGGGAAGGGGACCAAGACCCUUCAGAUCCUGCCUUAGCCCUGUGGUUAAGAGGGUCUCCCCAGCCUGUGCCACUCCCCAGGCCCUGCUACCAGCAGGGUGUACCCGCCAACUCUUCUCCCAGCCACCUGUCUCCUCAGAUCAGUGGAGCCCACCACUUAUGGUGCCAGAUGUCUGCAUGGUCAGCGAGCUGCCCCUUGAUGUCCAUGCCCACAUCAUGCCCAGAGCAGGCGCUGUACACCCAGUGACUCCUUCAACCCUGGAGGUCCCUUUGGGCAUGAUCCAGAGCCUGCCUGAAUUCAGGUCCCCACCCUCACCUCAUUUCAUGCAGCUGCCCUGUCAGGCCUUGUUCCUGACAGAUGAGGAGAAGCGUCUACUGAGGCAGGAAGGGGUUUCCCUGCCCUCUCACCUGCCCCUUACCAAGGCAGAGGAGAGGAUCUUGAAGAAGGUCAGGAGGAAAAUCCGGAACAAGCAGUCAGCUCAGGACAGUCGGCGGCGGAAGAAAGAGUACAUCGACGGACUGGAGAGCAGGGUGGCUGCCUGCUCUGCACAGAACCAGGAACUACAGGAAAAAGUCCAGGAGCUGGAGAGGCACAACGUCUCCCUGGUGACCCAGCUCCGCCAGCUGCAGAUGGUGAUCACUCAGACCUCCAACAAAGCUGCGCAGACCAGCACGUGUGUUCUGAUCCUUCUGUUCUCCCUGGCUCUCAUCAUCCUGCCCAGUUUUAGCCCCUUUCAAGGUCUAACAGAAGCCGGGCCUGAGGAUUACCAGCCUGGCGGAGUGAUUUCCAGAAAUAUCCUGACUCACAAAGACAUGACAGAAGAUUGGGAGACCUCAGUUGUAGAGUCCAGAUUGGGGGGGCCCCCCGGGGCCAAGGGUGCAAAUGGCUCAACAAGGACACUGCCUGAGAAGCUGGGAGGGCAGACCAGCCCCGGGGGGCAGGUGAGAACUGUGCUGCUUGCAGAUGAGAUGUGAAGUUCUGACGUGGGUUGAACACCUCCUGGCCCAGCACCCAUCACGAGGAAUCCUAGCUUCCCACUCAGGGUUCUCCGGCCUCAGGGGUCGGAGUGACAUCGGGACGCUCUACAUGUCUGUACCCUGAGGCCCAGUCUGCCUAUGAGAGGGGGCACCUCAAAUACUUUUAUGUAUCUGUGACUUUAUUUCUUCUCUGGAGAUAGGGUUGAGGGGAAACAGAAGUUUUUGCUGAGAAAUAAACUUUUUUUGC